AUGAGGCUAGAAUUGGUGUUUUUCUAUGGCUACGAUCUUUCAUCAUUAUCACCACAACAACGCAAUACUAUUUUAAAUGCGUAUGAAGCAAAACUAAAAGACUCAUUCGCACCCUCAACUCAGAACAUAACGGAGGAUUUUGACGAAGAUGACGCGCUCGGUAUCCGAAGGCCAGACGGAGUUCAUUGUCCCUUGGUGGAAAUGCUCGAGCCAUAUGAGAAUGGAUACGAGGAAGAAAUCGAUGAUUUACUUUUGCAAAAGAAGGCAGUUGGCAAUCAAUCUACCUCAUGUGAUUACGAAAAGCUAGAUGAGAUCGAAAAGGAAAUUUUGAGAAGACGAGAUGCCAAAGUUCGAAAAUUGAUGAAGAUGAGGCUUGAGGAUGGUUCAGGUUGUGAGGAAAAUGAAUUGAACCGAAAUGGAAAACGGAGACUACGAGAGGACGAGGAGAAACGAGAAAAUUUAAAUAAAAAACCAAAGAUCGAACGAUAUUCCGCUAGCACAACACCGACCACUCCGGUCGUAAAAUUUUCAAUCCCGUUUAUUCUUAACCCCGAGAAUCAAGUCGACACGGAUCCCAAGGAAAAAUUUCCCAAAAAACAAUACUACGUGUCACCCAUGGGACUAUACCGAGAUUAUUUUGGAGUUGAAAAACGCUAUCCUUACUUUUACCAUUUUCGCUUUUCUCACCAUAAUCAAUCUUACUAUCCGGACAUAAAGUUCAUGGAGCAAGUAGAGAAUUUAGCCAAAGCAAAGGAAGCGGAGAUUCACGAAUUUUUUAAUCAAUUUGGGAUUGAUAUAUCACCCUGUUGGAUGACGACGAUGUUUUCCAGUUAG